AUGGCAUCGGUAACCUCGCAAUCACACCCACUCCUGCUCGCAACUAGUGCAGCCUACGGCGUGCUAGCCCUGGGCCACACGAUGAAAGGCCUCGAUCAAUUCAAACAUCCAACCAUGAACACGCUUCCGCUUGUGCUUCGUGGCGCCUCCAAGAUUGGCUGGUACGAAGGCAGUGGCUUCUUUGUUAUCAUGAGCAUCCUCAAUUACAAGUGGUCUCAGGUUGGAGUGUACGACAUAUAUGACAAGAGCAUUGCUGCCGUCUUGACAGGACUCUUGGCUGCCGCUGGUGCGGCUUAUUGGAAAUCAAACGAUAAGCCAACCGCCGUCACGCUGGCUACAGUGGCUAUCCUGCAGGGUCUUGGCGUGAGGAACGGGUGGUACCAUCGCUCUUUUUAG